GGCAAAGCCAGUUCUGGAACCAGCAUGGCCCAACGGAGACCGCAACCAUGAUGACAUUGUCUCCUGCCAGGUGCGCUCCACACACUGACAUGGCUGUCUUCCCCGUCACUAAACACCAUGUUUAACUAAAACCCCGUUGUUAGCCCGCUGUCCUCCAUCUUUCUCUUUUUCCUCAGGGUGGGUUGUCUAAAUUCGAGUCUCUCGUUCCAUCGACUAUCGUUGUUUCCUUGUUGCUGACCUCUCUCACUCGCUUGGGAGGCAGUGCUAUUUCUUUAAUACUAUCUUUAUUAAUCGGCCUUCACAAUGCAGCUUUUCCUGGUCAAGUUGUUUGUUUUCUUGUUUGCCACCAACUUCGCGGCUGAGGCGUACCCUUCUUCUUCAUCAAGGACCAGUCAGUCAUCCACAGAGUCGACCACGACAUCGUGGUAUCGUCCUUCUUCCACAACAUCGUGGCAUAAUGCUACGACCACAACAACCACCUCGAUAAAGAGCUCGACGUCCACGUCCACAACGACCGAGGUUUUGACGACAGAACUUCCGAAAACGAUAUCGGAUCUUAUUUUCCCUACGACUUUCCCUUCCCAGCGGCCGAUCCGGCCAUGGAACAUCCCUUCUGGACGGUGGGGUCUGCCACAGUCACGAACGAACGGCAAGGGGUUGUUGGGUACGAUUCCGCAAAAUGGACAAGGGGGUGCGCCUAAGUUCCCGGCUUUCAUUGGUGCUCCUGGACCUAAGGGCGUAUAUGGCGGCAGCGGUAGCGGUAGCAGCAGCAGCGGCAGCAAUGGUGGCAGCAGCAGCAGUGGCGACAACGGAGGUUCUUCCAACAAUGGCGGUUCUUCUUCUGGCUCUAGCUCGGGCAAGGGUGGUUCCACAGGCUCUGGCUCUGACUCUGGCUAUGGUGGUUCCUCUGGCGGCAACCGGCCCACAACUUUCCCCUGGGGUUCACGCACAGCUGGCAACACCAAUCCAUACACAAACCCUCCCAACACAGGCGUUGUCCGAAGCUACAACUUCGUUCUUGAGCGCGGCAUCAUGGCUCCUGAUGGUGUCCAACGAGAUGUGAUUCUGAUCAACGGACAGUUUCCUGGACCUACGAUCGAGGCUAAUUGGGGCGAUACCAUCCAGGUUACCGUGGUCAACAAGAUUACUGGUCCUGUGGAGGGCACGUCGCUUCAUUGGCAUGGUCUUUUACAGCAAGGUACACCUUGGCAGGAUGGGGUCCCUGGCAUCACGCAGUGCCCUAUCGCGCCUGGCGAUUCAUUCACUUAUUCUUUCCUUGCUGAUCUUUACGGCACUUCGUGGUAUCAUGCUCACUACUCUGCUCAAUACGCUGCUGGUCUCUUCGGUGCCAUGGUUGUCCACGGACCUGCAAAUGCCGACUAUGAUGAGGAUCUCGGCCCGGUUCUUCUGACCGACUACUACCAUGGCGAGUAUUACGACCUCGUCGAAGACGUCAUGGGCACCGAUCUGACCAAGGUGGCACCAUAUUCCGACAACAACCUGAUCAACGGCAAAGGCACAUACGACUGCAACCUGGUCAAGAACGGCACCACGUGCACACCCAACGCAGGCUACGCCAAGUUCCAAUUCACAAAGGGCGAGAAAUAUCGACUCCGGCUGAUCAAUGCCGGUGCUGAAGGUCUGCAGAAAUUCAGCAUCGACAACCACAAACUCACCGUCAUGGCCUACGACUUUGUGCCCAUCCAGCCGUACACCACGGAAAUCAUCACCUUGGGCGUCGGUCAGCGCGCGGACGUCAUCGUCGAAGCCACCGGCGGCGCCAGCGAUGCCGUCUGGAUGCGGUCGGUGAUCAGCAACUGCUCGCUGGCCAACCAGCCAUACGCCUACGCGAUGGUGUACUAUCAGAACGCCAACACCAACCUCAAGCCCAACAGCACGGCCUGGACCCAUACGACCGACAUCUGCGCCAACGACGACCUCAGCAAGACCGUGCCAUACUACCAAAUCACCCCUCCCAACACGCCGGCCAAGGAAGUGGUUGUCGAUAUCAACUUCGGCCUCAAUUCGACGGGUAAUCUCCUCUGGACCAUGAACAAUUCGACCUUCCGCACCUGUUACAAUGACCCUGCCCUGUUCCGUGCACAGGAUCUCAUCACCUCGCCGAACUCGACAUUCGAGUACCCAGAGGAGUGGAAUGUGUACGACAUGGGCAACGCGAGCAGUAUCCGGGUUAUUGUCAACAACUUGACGCCAGUCGCCCACCCGAUGCACUUGCACGGGCACAACAUGUACGUGUUGAGUGAAGGUAUGGGUGAAUGGGAUGGCACAACAGUCAACCCGAGUAAUCCCGCACGACGCGAUACGCAGAUGCUCAGGCCCGCGGCCGCCGACGGGACCCCGGGAUAUAUGGUGAUGCAGUUCGACGCGGAUAAUCCGGGCAUGUGGCCUUUCCAUUGUCAUAUCGCGUGGCAUGUGAGUGGCGGGUUGUAUAUUAAUAUUUUGGAACGACCAGAUGCUAUUCCCACGGGGAGGCCGGGCGGCUUCAAUGAUAUGUGUACGGCUUGGGGCCAGUAUACAGGGUUGGGACCGAUUGAUCAGAUUGAUUCCGGUCUGUAAAAGUCUCUCUGGGAGGGGCAGCACCUAGGUGGGCAGCAGCCCAGGGCAGGGAAAGAGAGAAAACAUGAAAUGAAAGAGAAAAAGUCUGUUCUUGGUGUACUCCGUUAUUGGGUGGACGUGCAAUGCAAUGCAAUGCACGACAUACCUUUGACGUCGCUCGGCGUGUUUUGCUACAAACCUCUACGGAGGUACCUAAGGCCGUGGCCUGGUGGCCUGAAAGAUCCUGGGUGUUCCAGGGUGGUCGGGCUGGCGUCUACGUCUUGUGCUGGCGUUUUCGUCUCGUGCUGGGCGUCUCAGCAAGCAACACUGUCAUGUCAUGCCAUGCCUGUGUAUAUGGGACGUGGCCGGACAUAGGGGAUGGAGUGAUCGCCAGAAAUGAGAUAUAAUUUACCUCUGGUAGUUUGGCGUUUGAUGUAUCUCUUGCCGGAUAUGGCUUGGAUAUGGAUGGAUGGCUGGUGUGGGUACGGUGUAUCUGUGUCUGGAAUAGACUUGACUUGCUUGACUUACAUUUGCAUAUUAUGGUGGGGAUGGUGAUUGAACACGCCCACUUGUGUGAAAUGGCGAUUUGACGGUAUCGAGUACGGAGUGCCGUUGCUUAUGUUGUAUACUACUUACUACAGUCGUAUACAGAGUAUAGUAAAGAUUGCCCGG